CACCUGAGAUGCACACGGUUUAUUCAUUUUGCAUAGUGAAUAGUAGCCUAUGUUUUAAAGGAUGAUUUAAUUUCUCCAGAGGCCCCUGUAAUUUGUUCAGCUUCCUAUUAGUGCUUCUGACUUUCUCCAGCCAUGCAGGGGUGGUGCUGGUGGUAGGGAAGUGGGGGGAUCAUUAGAAUCUGGGACAGAGAGACCCAUUGCCUUGCCUUUUGCUCUGUGGCACUGAGCGAGGCGGCCUGGCAGCCGAAGGGCUUAUGCCACGGAUGCUGUCUCCAGUCCCUAGAACAGUGCGGCACUGCCCCAGGCCCCAGAAUGACCCUUAGUUCUCCUGCUCCUGACUUGAAACUUCUGGAAACUUCUGGAAGGAUACCAAAAUGUACAAUGAUUCUUGCUAAGACUUAAUUACAGAUUCUUUUUUUUUUUUUUUGACUAUUGAGAGAGGAGAAGGAAUACUGGAAAAGCCAAAAGCAGGAGUCUGUAAACUGUGGCCGAUGGGCCAAAUCUGGUGUUAGCUACGAAUGGUUUACAUUUUCAAAUGGUGGAAAAAAACAAAAACAAAAGAAAAAUAUUUCAUGACACAUAAGAUUAUAUGCAACUCAAAUUUCAGCGUCUGUAAAAAAAGUUUAACUGGGACCCAGCCGUGCUCAUUCAUUUACGGAUCUAUCAUCAAUGCUUGCUUCCCUGCCGCAGCAGCAGAGGUGGGCUUUGAACCAGGAUGGCUGAACCCCGCCAGGAGUUCAACGUGAUGGAAGAUCAUGCUCAGGGGGACUACACCCUGCUGCAAGACCACGAGGGUGACGUGGAGCAUGGCCUGAAAGAAUCUCCCCUGCAGACCCCGGCCGAUGAUGGAUCUGAGGAACCAGGCUCUGAAACCUCUGAUGCUAAGAGCACUCCAACGGCGGAAGAUGUGACAGCACCCUUAGUGGAUGAGGGAGCCCCCGGUGAGCAGGCGGCCGCUCAGCCCCCCACGGAGAUCCCAGAAGGAACCACAGCUGAAGAAGCAGGCAUUGGAGACACCCCCAACCUGGAAGACCAAGCUGCUGGACAUGUGACCCAAGAGCCUGGGAGUGUCAAGGUUGUCCAGGAAAGCUUCCUCAGGGAACCAGGGCGCCGUGGAGGUGAGGCCAUGGACCCUGGGACCCCAGGUCUGACCUGCCAGCAUGUGUCUGACAUGCCUGGGGCUCCCAUCCUGCCCGAAGGCCCCAGAGAGGCCACACACCAGCAUUCGGGGCCAGAACCUGAGGAUGCAGACGGCAGCCGCUGCGGCUCUGAGCUGCUGGAGUGCCAGCUUCUGGGAGACCUGACCCAGGAGGGGCCGCCUCUGAAGAGGGAGCAGGGCAAAGAGAGGCUGGGGGCCGAGGAGGUGGAUGAAGACCAGGACACUGACGAGUCCUCUCCCCAGGACUCCUUUCCCUCCCAGGCCUCCCCACGUCUGCAGAGCCCCACCACCCGAGGCGGGCCAACCCCCGACGCAGUUUCCGGAGAAGCCCCUGGGAUCCCUGGUUUCUCAGCCAUGGGUGCCACCCCCCUCCCUGUCGAUUUCCUCUCUAAAGUUUCUGCAGAGACCCGGGUCUCAGAGCCCGAUGGGCCCGGGGAGGGGCCCCCAGCGGAAGGGCACGACGAGCCCCCCGAGUUCACGUUCCACGUGGAAAUCAAAGCCAAUGUGCAGAAGGAGCAGGGACCUUCGGAGGUGGAUUUGGAAGGGGCUGCAGUUCCUGGGGCCUCUGGAGCAGAGCAAGAGCCCUGGGGCCCCUCUGAGGGCGAGGACACACAAAAGACUGCCCUUCCAGAACCAUCUGAAAAGCAGCCUGCAGCUGGUCUGCCGGGGAAGCCCGUCAGCCGGGUUCCUCAACUCAAAGCUCGCAUGGUCAGUAAAGGCAAAGAUGGGGCUGGACCCGAGGACAAAAAAACCAAGACAUCCACACCUUCCUCUGCUAAAACCUUGAGCCAUAGGCCUUGCCUUAGCUCCAAACGCCCCACUCCUGGUAGCUCAGACCCUUUGAUCAAACCCUCCAGCCCCGCCGUGUGCCCAGAGCCAUCUUCCUCUCCUAAACACGUCUCUUCUGUCACACCCCGAACUGGCAGUUCUGGAACAAAGGAGAUGAAAGUCAAGGGGGCAGAUGGUAAAUCUGGAACGAAGAUCGCCACACCCCGGGGAGCGGCCCCUCCAGGCCAGAAGGGCCCGGCCAACGCCACCCGGAUUCCAGCAAAAACCACGCCCACCCAGAAGACCACGCCCUCCCCGAAGACCCCACCGGGCACGGGUGAAUCUGGGAAAUCCGGGGACCGCAGUGGCUACAGCAGCCCCGGCUCCCCAGGCACUCCGGGCAGCCGGUCCCGCACCCCUUCCCUGCCGACCCCGCCCACCCGGGAGCCCAAGAAGGUGGCAGUGGUCCGCACUCCACCCAAGUCGCCGUCUGCAGCUAAGAGCCGCCUGCAGACCGCCCCUGGGCCCAUGCCAGACCUGAAGAACGUCAAGUCCAAGAUCGGCUCCACGGAAAACCUGAAGCACCAGCCGGGAGGCGGGAAGGUGCAGAUAAUUAAUAAGAAGCUGGAUCUUAGCAACGUCCAGUCCAAGUGUGGCUCAAAGGAUAAUAUCAAACACGUGCCAGGAGGCGGCAGUGUGCAAAUAGUCUACAAACCAGUGGAUCUGAGCAAGGUGACCUCCAAGUGUGGCUCAUUAGGCAACAUCCAUCAUAAGCCAGGAGGUGGCCAGGUGGAAGUAAAGUCUGAGAAGCUGGACUUCAAGGAGCGAGUCCAGUCCAAGAUCGGGUCCCUGGAUAACAUCACCCACGUCCCUGGCGGAGGGCAUAAAAAGAUCGAAACCCACAAGCUGACCUUCCGUGAGAACGCCAAAGCCAAGACCGACCACGGGGCGGAGAUUGUGUACAAGUCGCCUGUGGUGUCGGGGGACACGUCCCCACGGCACCUCAGCAACGUCUCCUCCACUGGCAGCAUCGACAUGGUGGACUCACCGCAGCUGGCCACGCUCGCCGACGAGGUGUCCGCCUCCCUGGCCAAGCAGGGUUUGUGAUCAGGCCCCCGGGCGGUCAGUAAUCGUGGAGAGACGAGAGUGAGAGAGUGUGGAAAAAAAAAGAAUAAUGAUCUGGCCCUUCGCCCUCUGCCCUCCCCCAGCUGCUCCUCACAGAUCGGGUAAUCGGUUAAUCACGUAACCUGCUUGUCGCUCACCUCUGGCUCGGGACUUCCAAAUCGGUCACGGGAACGAGAGCCAAGUUCAUCUUUCCAAAUUGACGGGCGGGCCAAUCAUAAUAAAAUACUUUUAAAAACCUUUAAAAA